CAAAUCCAUCGCCAUGAUGGCAAGGAAUUUACUUUGGCCAACGAUAUGUUGAAAUCAAUAGGAAACGAGAGGAAACGUGAAAAUGGUGACGAUCUGCACCGUGCCAUUAAACUCGUUCGAUACAUCGCUGAGAACUGUGCAAAUCAAGGAAUUCUCAACUUGCCACUGGUGUUCACAAUCGAACCGAAUCACGAUCUUGAGAAAUGCAACUCGGCAGCAUUUUCGGAUCCUCUUGAUAAUUCCCUAUACAUGCGUGCAACGACCAGUCACCGACGCCGCGAUUUUUUAUCUGUUGCGCAAAGAAACGCCUACUUGUAUUAUGAUUGUCGUUUUCCGAACAAAAGUUCCGAAGGAAAUUAUUUAAAUGUCAGCAAAUCGAGGCACAUGUAUGAGGACAGUGAUAGCCGAAAAAUUAGCUCUUCUACAUCAACAUCUGGGAUCAAUUUACGAUCGUCGUUCAAUGGUGCCAACCGUGCAAGUGGCGGUGGCCGCAAACUAAGCAAUCUAUCGGCAGCUAGGGCAUCUACUUAUGAUAAUGCAUAUCAGCAGCGCAGACGAAAAGUUACUAACGACCUGAUUUGGGAGCGAUUGCGCGAAGCGGGCCUCGGUAAAUACGUGAAUUUGUUGAAAGAGGAGGAAGUGGAUGCUGGGAUGUUCCUGACGCUCACCAGCGAUGAUCUCCUGGACAUUGGUAACGACGCUGACAGCAGUGAUCUUCUCUCAAGAAGAAGGUUUAUCACGGAACAUACAAUGCAGCUUCUGCCCGAAAACCUGUUUGGAAGUGUUGAAACGAUGCCAGAAACGAUCGGCGCGGCCUGUUCAAAUUUAUGGCUUAAUGAUUCGGAGCAUUUAUGUUUCGUGAACCGCCCCUCAAAGCAGUAG